GCCUGCAAACCCUUCUCCUUCCUCUCUCGAUCUCGCUCUCGAUCACCCUCGCUGCCUCUCGCUCUCGGCCUCCUCUCUUUUGCUCGUCCACUCGCGCUCGCCCUCGCUCUCUGCCUCUCUCUUGCCCUCGCUCGCCUCUUUCUUGCUCUCGCUCGGGCUCGGACCCUCUUGCUCUCGCUCGCCCUCCGGCCCUCGCUUCCUUUCUCUUGCUCUCGCUCGACCCCUGUCGCUCUCGCUCUCGCUGCCUCUCGCCCUCGGCCCCUCGCUCUCUGCCUGACUGCCUCUCUCUUGCUCUCGCUCGCGCUUGCCCUCGCCCCCAAGCUCGCUCGGCCAGUCGCCCUCGCUCUCGCUCGCUGCCUCUGAUUCAGGUUUUCGUUUUACCCCCCAAACUUCCAGUCUCCAGAUCUGCUUCAUUCGAGCCCGGAUCUGUAUUACUGCCCCCCUCCCCAACCUAAAUUCCUAGAUCCGCCCCUGAUGACAACGAUCAGCCUACGGAAGGGGAACGCCCGGCUGCCGCCAGAGGUGAACAGGGUGUUGUACGUGAGGAAUCUUCCGUUCAAUAUCACCAGCGAGGAGAUGUACGACAUCUUCGGCAAGUAUGGCGCGAUCCGCCAGAUCCGGAUUGGCACCAACAAGGACACCAGGGGCACCGCCUUUGUCGUCUACGAGGACAUCUACGACGCCAAGACCGCUGUCGACCACCUCUCCGGCUUCAACGUCGCCAAUCGCUACCUCAUCGUGCUCUAUUACCAACAGGCCAAGAUGAGUAAGAAGUUCGACCACAAGAAGAAGGAAGAUGAGAUCACGAGGUUGCAGGAGAAGUACGGUGUCUCCACCAAAGACAAGUAAAAGAUCACCAUCACCAAGGCCAUUGUAAUUGGAGGAUGAACCACUUAUGUCAUUAAUCCCCCUCUACACUUCUCUAUGUGUUUAUGUAUUGUUAGUUAAGUAGUUGUUUAAUUGCUUUGCGUGAAACCUGUUAAAUUUUUUGGAUUAUGAUUUUGUUUUUUCUAUUGUCUGUUUUUUCCUUCCAACGUAGUUCAAGAAUUAGGGCACCGUGAAUGCAUUUUAUUCUGUGAAUCUGUCGAUGCAUGUGUAAUUCGUGCACUGGAUAUAUCUGUCCGUCGUGGCUUGGUGAAUUUGUUCUGGUUCCAGGUAUCCAUGUACAAAUUAGCAAGCUUUGUUAAAUAUUUGUGAUCAUUGAUAUGUGUGAAACUUUCAAAAGUUAAGAUCAUGGUUUUUUUUA